AUGGGGUCUCUGCUCCCCCUUUCGCUGUUUCUUUUGCUGGCGGUCGACUACUUGGAAGGUGAGAGCGCUCGGGGACGUCGGGCUGCGGGGACCUCAGCGCCCUUCUGGGUGCGCUUAAACCCGGAGUUCGUGGCGGUGCCGCCAGGGGGCUCAGUGUGGCUCAACUGCAGUAGCAGUUGCCCCCUGCCGGAGGGCUCCGAACUUCGCAGUCGGCUGCGGCGGGGCAAGACACUCAGUGGGCCGGGUUGGACGUCCUACGAGCUGCUGGACGUGAGGGCCUGGAGUUCUGACGUGCAUUGCUUCAUCACUUGCAAGGGAGAAACGCGCUGGGCCACGGCCAGAGUCACCGCCUACAAACGGCCUCACAGCGUGAUCCUGGAGCCUGUGAUCCUGAAGCCUCCGUUCUUAGUGGGCCGCAAGUACACGCUGCGUUGCCUCGUGACGCACGUGUUCCCCGUGGGCUUCCUGGUGGUGAGUUUGCGGCGUGGUGGCCGAGUCAUCUACUCGGAGAGCCUUGAGCGCUUCACGGGCUUGGAUCUGGCCAAUGUGACCCUGACCUACUCAUUGCCCUCCGGAUCCCGCGACCUCUGGCAGCCUGUGACGUGCCAUGCGCGCCUGAAUCUCGACGGCCUGGUGGUUCGCAGCAGCUCGGCGCCCCUGACGCUGACCGCCCUGGCUUGGAACACCGAAUCCAAAGCCUUGUCCUUCACCUCCAUUGCAGCCCUUGUGGGGAUCCUUCUCGCCGUGGGAGCCGCUUACCUACGCAAGUACUUGGCCACACGGGCCUAG